ACGACCGCGUCGAGGCAAGCGCGGCGGCCGUGGUGCGACGACGUCGUCGUCGACCGACGUCAGCGACAUCUUCGCACCCCCGUUUUUCCUGGGGGUAGACCAGCAGCUCUCCACCAGGCCGUCACGGCCGCCCUCGGGACCGAUCCCUGCCCUGUGCGCGCCCUGCUACCUGCCCGCUCGGCCCCGUGACGACGCGGUGGCGAUGGCCGACAGCGAAUUCGAGGAGUUCCGCCACUACUUCGAGCGGCUGCCCCAGCACCUGAAGGCGCCGCUCUCCAACUACACGCUCGUACACGAUGUGAUGAUCGAUGAUUCGCCGACAUCCUCGCAAGGGAGCGACGGGGAAGUCGGCAGAUCCUGCGACGGUGUAACCGGAGACUCCGAGGAUGAGGAAGUGGUCGUUAUCCAUCGGCACGACAACCAAAGCGGUCACACCACUCCUGAUGACAGCGAAGAGCUGGACAACCAUUGCUCGAUUAUUGCUGACAGUGACUUCAGGUUGGUAACAUCCUUGUUCGGUGGACUGAGCAGCAGGGGUCGAUCGGUAGGCGGCGGCGGACCGGGCGGGGGCGGCAUUACCGGGACGGGUAACGGCGGCCGAGACAGCGUCGUCAGCGAUGUCGGCGACUCGUGUUCCAGUUUGAGCUCCUGGCCUACGCCGGAGCACGUGCCGACGAAUCGACCCGGAAGCGGCGGUACCGAGCGCCGACGUCGAAGAUUGCCGGAAAUUCCUAAAAAUAAAAAGUCUCUGCCAAUGUGUCAGACGUCCAUGCAGACGUCGUCUUCGUUGGCAGAUGAGUUGAGUGCCGCCACCGGCUCGUCUUCGGCUCGGCCUCACCUUGUCCUGAGGAAAUGCCACACCAGACUUCGGCAUGAGGACAGCUCGCCCGACAGCGAGAGAAUGGCCACUGACAGUGGUCAUUCCACCGCUCACUCCCCCGAAAACGGCCCCAAGAGCGUGUCGCCCAUACCUUGCAACACCCUGCAGAAUACGGAUUCGGUAUCGCCCAGCAGCACGCCAGGAAGCGGAGGCGUGCCGUUUACCCAACUGGAACUGCUCGAGGCGACGCAUCGGGGCUUGCACAAGUUUAUACCGCGGCACCAUGACGAAAUUGAUCUUGAAAUUGGAGACCCUAUAUACGUGCAGAAGGAGGCCGACGACCUAUGGUGCGAAGGUGUCAAUCUGAGGACAGGCCGACAAGGUAUCUUCCCGUCUGCGUACGCGGUCGAUAUGGACUACAGCGACUUCGAUCCUUCUGCGCCUAAGGUGAAGAGGGAAAGAUACCUUCUGGGUUACUUGGGCUCGGUGGAGACUCUGGUGUACAAGGGUACAGGGGUGGUUUGCCAAGCGGUACGGAGGAUUCUUCGCAACUCUACGCAGGAUCCGCCGGUGUCGCAGAGCUGCAUCCUGGAAGUGUCCGAUCAGGGCCUUCGGAUGGUCGACAGGAGUAAGCCGCGGAAAAAUCAGGGUCCUUGUCACGACUAUUUCUACUCGCUGAAAAAUGUGUCGUUCUGCGCGUUUCACCCUCACGAUCAUCGCUACCUCGGCUUCAUCACGAAGCACCCCACUCUGCAGAGAUUCGCUUGCCACGUGUUCAUCGGUCAGGAAUCCACGAGACCUGUCGCCGAAGCCGUCGGGCGCGCUUUUCAUCGGUUCUACACGAAAUUCAUCGAGACUGCUUUCCCAAUAGAGGACAUCUAUAUUGAAUAAAUUGCUCUCGGCCUUACCGUAUAGUGGCUGCGGAGAAAAUGAUAAAUCUCACUUCCCCACCUUUCCCUGUCCCUUGUACAUAUUACCCGCUAGUUGUAGAUAUAAAAUAAUAAACGCGAAUCAAACCACCCUCCCCCUCUCCCCCCCCCCAAUUUAUACAUAUAUUGAACAUAUGUAUAUCUAUGUGUACUGGGCAUCUUCGGGAUAAGCGUCACGACGGGACCGAUUCUCUUCGUUAACAUUCCGUUCUUUCGUAACUUUCCUUCCGUUCAUCGCUCAUCGCCAAUUUUGUCCCGGCUCAUGCGUGCAAUCCAGUACGAUUAUAUAACGAUUCCGUGUAUUUAUCGAGGCAAAAUGAGAGGAAACAAAGUUUCGAUAAUCACGUCUAUCGACAAAAUCGCUUUGAUUCCUCAUCACGAAUGCUACGCAUCGACCGAAGCUAAUUUUCAUAAUGAAUUCAAAUCUAUUUUGGCUUCUUUUGCGUCACGUAUGGUUUCGAAGUUCCUUUAACGUCGGAUAGAACGUAACAGUCGUGCACGAAGAGUUCGUUAAAGGCCCUUAAUAAGCAGAUUUAAUAAUCGAUAGCGAGAACGAGUUAAUUCCUAAAACCCCGAUCCUACGACCAAGGUAAUCCGCUUAGUGACGUAUAGGAAAAAAAAUGGAGCGACAAUAGCGUUGGGUCAUCGGAGUUUAGCGAAAAAAAAUUAAUAGAAGAAGUCGGAUAAUCUUCUUUUUUUCUUCAAACGACGCUUAACUUUCAGCCGUUGCGCAAGUUUGAGAUUUCUCUAAUCUAGAAACGGCAAAAGUGCUUCAUCUGACCACGUGUAAAUAUAGGCGUAACGUUUGACCGUAAUGUGUAAAAUUCACUCGUUUAUUUGAUGUCGGUCGGGAGCCUUGCCUGAAUAUUUUCAGGAAUGUAAAUGUCAAUUUACAAGACAGAAUUAUCAUUUAAAGCAAUAUUAUUAUAGCAAUAGUCAAUUUACAAAACAGAAUUAUAAUUUAAAGCAAUAUUCACGCUAAAAGAUAACAUAAGUUGAUCAUCAAUUAGAGAUAAUAUCAAUUCCUGUUAAUUGCUAUUUUUAAUUUAUAUACUUAGAGUAACUGAGUUCUGUAUUUUGUUCCCGUAUCGAAGAAAGUAACUCGUUUUCGCUCUUAAUUUUGAAAAGAGAGAGAGAAGGAGAGAGGGAGAGAGAGAUCCAUUACAUAAAAAGUACCAAUUCAGAUUCGAAUACUAAGUAAUCUUGAAACGGAAGAUACCUGAAUUUGUGUAACGAGAUACCUUUGUUCUCUUAACUCGGGAAAAUUUCACACGCUGCGCGACGCGUCGUCGAGAGAGAGAGAGAGAGAGAGAUGUAAUUUCACGCGAUCGGACGUACUUUUGCUGGCGGCAGUCUUCUUCUUCUUCAUCGUAGCAACGAACGGUCGUCUAGAAUGAUGUCCAAUUGUAUUGUUCUCGUAUUGUUAGGCCUGCGCGUCGCCUUUAGAAAACAUCGUAUAUUUUUCUAUCUUUCUUUGCGACAGAGUCACCGAUUAUAAGUUCCGUUGUGCAUAUAACGAUAAGGCUUAAAAGUUUGUACUCUCGAAUCCCCUACCCCGAGCGAGCCCGCGAAAGACGACACUAUCGAAACGCACAUUGGCCUCUGCAUUCAGAAUAUCGUAUAUCGCGCUGUGCGUUGUUACAACGUUGUCUCACCGAACGCUUAUACAAUAUGAACCAAAUUGCAAGUACUUCGCUGUACGAAGAUGCGAGAUGUUAACUCUGGGAUGCACAGUGGGGAUGCAGACUUUCUCCCCGAGACGCCGCGCGAUAUUCUCGAAUUAUUUCCAUCUCUGUGUACAGAGAAAAAGGUUCCUUCGGAUUUGGACGUGUUUGUCUGAUUUCGGUUUGUUCAAUAUGAACAAUAUAAUUUAAUAUAAAAUAUAUUAUUAUUUUAUUAUUUCGUUUGAAUAAAAAUGUUGCGGUUCCAUUCGAGCAAACCGUGUUGUUUGAUAGGAAAACAAAAAUAUUAUUUAAGUAAAAUAAUCUGGUUUGCAUUACAUUUGGUUUUUGAUAAAAAAAUUUAUUUCAUUACAUAUUGAAUAUCGUUCCAAUGAAACCAAAAGAAGUUCUUUAAUA